AUGCAACGUUUUGAUGCAUUUUCAAAACCUAUUGCGGAAUUUCGCAUUAAAACUGCAUUUGGUGGAUAUCUUACUAUCCUAAGUAUUUUAACAAUGCUAUUUCUGUUUUACUCAGAACUUCGUUAUUAUUUGAAAGUAAAUAGGAAUGAUGAAAUUACUGUUGAUAAAACUUUAGCUGGUGGAAAUGUUAAUAUAAAGAUGCUUGUGGAAUUUCCAAAAUUACCUUGUGAAGUAGUAGGACUUCGUAUACUUAAUACCCAAGAUAAUACAGAAUUUUCACAUCCAAAAGAUAGCAUUAUAUAUAUUCCAAUAAAUCCAUUAAAUGAAGAAUCUAAUAUAGGAUCAUCUUGUGGUUCUUGUUAUAAUCCCUCUAAAAAGAACCAUUGUUGUAAUACUUGCUCUGAAGUAAUAAGAUCCUAUCAAGAAGAUAACAUAAAACUUCCACAAAAAAUUAAUUUUGAACAAUGUAAAUUUGAUCCAAGAGAACGUUUAGAGAAAGCUAUUUCAGCUCCUUUAAAUAUUUCAGGAUGUAAAAUUAAAGUAGAUAUAAAUAUUCCAAAAGUUAAGGGAAGAAUUGAAAUUUCUCAUAAACGUUGGAUGAAUUAUAAUGAGAUGACUAACUUAGAUAUAUCAGAAGCCCAUUUAUAUAAUUUUUCAUAUAUUGUUAAAUAUUUGCAUUAUGGUGAUGAUUUACCAGGAAUUAAUAAUAUAUGGAAUAACCAAGAGUACAUACAAACUGCUAAAUUUACUCAUAAUAAAGAAUCUGAUAAUCUAUUUUUAGAGGAUGCUCAUUUAGAUAUUGAUAUGCAUUGUAUUCCUACACAAUUUAAUUCUAUAAAUAGUAAAAAAACGAAAAUUGGACACCAAUUUUCUGUAAGGAAACAGAGUAAACAAGUUAAUGUUUUAAAUAAUGGCCGUUUUGUUCCAGAAACAUCUUUGCCAGGAAUUUACAUAAAUUAUGAUUUCACCCCUUUUAUUGUAAAGAUAACAGAAAGUAGAAGAUCAUUUUUAUCAUUUUUGACUGAAUGUUGUGCAAUUAUAGGAGGUAUAUUUGCAUUUUCAAGUAUGAUUGAUAUAUUUAUGUUUAAAUUGUCAUCAUUUUUAAAUAGGAUACAUAAUAGUAAUAAUAAGCAUGUAGUUUUACAGAAUUUUUAA